UUAUGAAAUUUGCAUAACAAGCGGAAGAACUGAAACCAAAGCCCCAGUUCCUUUACUGUAAAUCCAACUGUCUUUCAUCCAGAUAAUGGGAUUCAGCUGCCUCUGAAAACCUGUAGCCCAAUAAUGGUUAUUCCCCAAGAGCUGGAUGAAGCAUGAGCUAAUUUUCAGUGAGAGUGGAUUUUGGGGUAACGGUUCCAACACAGCACAUUCCUUUCUCCUCUCUUCACUCAUCCUCACCACCACCUGAAAACCCUGGCUGGGCGCUGGGGUGUGAGGAGCAGUUCUCACUUCCCAGUCUUUUUCUCUUUUCGCAGCUGCAAAGUUCAGGGAGUUGAACGGCAGUGAUUUCAGUUUACUGCUCACUCUGCCACAAUCACCCUCUGUUGUAAGUUUUCCUCCCAGAACACGUGACGACGCACUUCUUGACUAUAUAUCCCAACGGCAGCAGCGGAGCUGUCAGAGCGCAGAGUCGGACAGAGCAGAAGAACCCUCUUGGACUGGACGAUUUGGGAAUUCAAAACUUGGGACAAACUGUCAGCCUUGGCCCCGCCGUGCAGGCAGCCUCAAUGCUGAAGAUGGAGCUUCUGAACAGCACGCACCCCGGCACCGCCGCCUCCAGCAGCCCCCUGGAGUCCCGCGCUCCCGGCGGCGGCAGCGGCAACGGCAACGAGUACUUCUACGUUCUGGUUGUCAUGUCCUUCUACGGCGUUUUCUUGAUCGGAAUCAUGCUGGGCUACAUGAAAUCCAAGAGGCGGGAGAAGAAGUCCAGCCUCCUGCUGCUGUACAAAGACGAGGAGCGGCUGUGGGGGGAGGCCAUGAAGCCGCUGCCCGUGGUGUCGGGCCUGAGGUCGGUGCAGGUGCCCCUGAUGCUGAACAUGCUGCAGGAGAGCGUGGCGCCCGCGCUGUCCUGCACCCUCUGCUCCAUGGAAGGGGACAGCGUGAGCUCCGAGUCCUCCUCCCCGGACGUGCACCUCACCAUUCAGGAGGAGGGCGCAGACGAUGAGCUGGAGGAGACCUCGGAGACGCCCCCCAUCGAAAGCAGCGAAGGGUCCUCGGAGAACAUCCAUCAGAAUUCCUAGCAUCCUCGGGACCCCCGCCGGUGGCUCCAUCAGCCAGCACCCUUAGAGACACGAAAGACAUGUUGCGAGUGUCUGGUUUCACUUUCGCAGUGUGGCUGCCACUUUGAAGAGACCCUCUGCAAGCCCCUGAUUUGGGGUGGGGUGGGGGCUAGGCUUAGCCGGAGCCAGCAGCCCCAAGGAGUCUGCAAGGUGCCUGUGGUUUGCACCCUCCACUGAAAAAGCCAUGGAAAUGUGCAGCGUGUACAUUGACUUUGGGGUCUGGGUGUUGGGGGUUCUGUUGAGAAUUUGGCGGCAUGGCUUGCCAUUUUCUCACUGGACGCCCUGGGUAACUCCUGCAGGGCCUGCCUGUUCCCAGGGCUGCCAAAUGCUUAGGACAUGCGGAGGGACUAGUUGUGAUUUGCUAUUUUGCCUAGAGCUUUGUCCUUCUAGAUCUGAUUGGCUGUAAGUAUCUCUACUGUGUACCUGUGGCAUUCCUUCACAGUGGGUUACAAGCUUCUUUUGGAUUAGAGGAGGAUUUUUGACGGGAGAAAGCUGGAGAUCUGAACCCAGCCCAUUUGCACACUGUAAGAAAAAAAAAAAAGUAACUUUUAAACCUGUUAACAUUGGCUGGGGUUAUAACAGAUGAUCUGCUAUAUUGACCUUUUGUCUAACUUAUGACCUUGAACUCUGACCUGUGACCAUGCGGCAUCACAUGCUGGCAUGAUAUUCUUUGGAUCAGAAGAGCUUCCCCAGGAUCUAACCUGCACUCCCGAUGGUAGUUCAGGGGACUCUUCCUUAUCUUUCUGGAAGGCAUAAGGUGGGGUUGAACAAGGCCAAGCCGUUAGUGCUGCUGCUGCUCCAUUUCCCAGCCUAGUUUUCUGAGCUGGGAGAGGACAUAAUGUGGUAUUUUGUCACGUAGCUGAGACCUAGAAGGGCAUACUCAGGCGGAGAUUGCACAAAGCUGGGCUCCAAGUUCUGUGCUUUCUGAUCCCCAGCCCUGAAGCUCAUUUGCUGUGUGGUCCUGGGCAAGUCAUCAAGAGGCUCGCUGUCUGCAGGAGGCUCCUGACUAUCUUCAUCCCCAGGGGGCUGGGAGGAUGUCUUUAGAUUUUAGGGCUCUAUGAUAAAUACUCCACAGCCUGGUGUGAGGAAGCUUGGACCAAACAUUUCCUCUUUGGCCAGUUCGAUUGAACAAGGAUCCACUGAUUUAAAGGAGCAGUUGGAGAUUCAGAAUACAUAUAACCGGGGAAGGCAGGGCAAGCUACCAACCCACCCCUGCUGUAGUUUUCCCAGGAUUGAAGCAAAGAGGCAGACACCACAUUCUCCUCUAAAGUUCUCUGGAGAAUGUGUGAUGUUAACACUCCCAGCUAAGGGAAACCAAAGUCUAAAGAAAAACACACAGGAAUGCUCCCAAUGUCUCCAUGUAUUCCUGUGGUCAACAGCUUUGCAGAUUCAUCAGGCCCUUAAAGACAAGGAGGAAGUAAAAGGUCAAACUUAAUUCUAUUUAAAAUAACUUUUUUUUUCUUGAGACGGAGUUAUGCUCUGUCGCCUAGGCUGGAGUGAGUGCCGUGGCAC